AUGUCAACAAGCACAAGCGAGCCUGCAAUUCUCCUCCUCAUCGACAUCCAGCAUGGUCUUGUUGAAGGUCCAGAAGAAUGGGGACCAAGAUCCACCCCAGAUCUCACCAAAAACGUAGCCUCCCUCCUUGAUAUCUGGCGUUCAAAUUCAUGGCCCAUCUUACACGUCUACCACGAUGCCACUGAGCCAAAUAACCCCAUCUCAUCCAAAUAUCCCUCAACAUUCGCACCUCACGCCUGCGCAGCACCCAAAGAAGGCGAGCCCACAUUCAUUAAGCACGUAGGCAGUCCAUUUAUUGAAACCAAGCUUGCAGAAGUGAUUAAGAGUUAUGGAGAUGAUAGAAGGGUUGUGGUGAUUGGGAUGGAUGGAGCGGAAUGUGUUAAUAGUACGACGAGACAUGGUGCGGAUUUGGGGUUGAGGAUGGUGGUUGUGGGGGAUGCGUGUGCGAGUUAUGGGAUGGUGGAUUGGGUCUCGGGGGAGAAGAGGGGGGCGGAGGAGACGCAUAGUGCGGCGAUGGGGAUGUUGAUUUCGUAUGCGCUGGUUACGAGUACGGAGAGGUUGGUUAAGGGGUUGGGGUAUGAGCAUUAG